UUGGAGCAAGAGAAGCAACUCUGGGAUGUGAGGAGAAAGGAGACAGUAGCCUUCCAUCCAGCUGUGAUUUCUCCACGAAUCUCUUCUGACAAAGAAAUCUAGAGGACAACAUGAAAGAAGAAGAAAUGGCCCGUUCUCAGGGACUGCUGACAUUCAGGGAUGUGGCCAUAGAAUUCUCUCAGGAGGAGUGGGGACGCCUGACCCACACUCAGCGGGAACUGUACAGGGAUGUGAUGUUGGAGAACUACGGACACCUCCUCUUCCUGGGUCUCGUUGUGUGGAAGCCAGACCUGGUCAUCUUUUUGGAGCAAGAGAAGCAGCUCUGGGAUGUGAAGAGAAAGGAGUCAGUAGCCUUCCAUCCAGCUAUAUCUUCACAUGGCACCCAGAGUUUCCUGCCAACAUUGUGCAUAGAAGCUUCUUUCCAAAACGUAGCGGUGCGUAGAUAUAAACAUACUGCCCUGGAGAAUGUACACUUCAUGGUAGACUGUAACAAUGAUGGGGAGAGUGAAGAACAUCAAAUAUAUCAUGAAGGACAUAUCCAGACUGAGACAACUGCGCAUAAUAUGAACAUCACUGCCCAAAAUGGUGAAGGAUAUAAAACAUUUUGGAAAACAUCCCUUCUUAAGUCCGCUACUUCUGCAAAGCAGUGUCUUUCUAUAUAUAAGGGCUCAAAUCAAAUGAUUAAACAUACAUAUUUGCAGAACGAAAAGUUGGAAAAUCUGGAAAGUUGCCUAGUCCGUGCUGAAAAUAAUUAUUUUAACCAUUUUGAAAGUAGGAUUGGAUUGACCUUUGAGUCAAAUAUUUCUGAAAAUCAGAGAUUUAAAAUUGAAGAACAAAGUGCUGAGUGGGAUUCAUUUGAGAGGUCUUUCACCGAGGAGUUAACUCUUCAAAAUUACCAGGGUAUUUUCAAUGAAAACAGAAUUGCUCAAUGCAGUGAAUCUGAGGAAAAAUUUAACCCGGGUUCAAGUGUUAGUACAUGUCUGAGGACUCAUUUUCCAGAGGACCAUUAUGAACUUGAUAAAUGUGUGGAAGUCUUUUAUCAAAGCUCCAACCUUAUUAUACAUAAUAGUAUCCCUAUGGAAGAAAAUCAUUAUGAAUAUAAUGAAUGUGAGAAAGCUCUUAACCAGUCCUCCAGUGUUGGUGAUCAUCAGAGUAUCCAUGUGGGAAAAGACUCAUACAGAUGUUAUAAACCUGGGAAUAUGUUCAGUCAGUCAUCAAGACUAAAUAUACAUAAUAGGAUCGGAACUGAACAAAAAAGUUACAUUUGUAAGGAAUGUGGCAAAGCCUUUGACUGGCACUCCACCCUGUGUCAACAUCAGCCGAUGUAUCUGGGAGGAAAAGCUUACAAAUUUGAAGAAUGUGGUAAGGUGUUUAUCCACCACUCACACUUUACUCAACGUGACAGAAUUCGUACUGGAGAGAAAAUCUACCAAUGUAAAGAAUGUGGCAAGUGCUUUAACCAUCACUCAAAUCUUAGUCGACAUUACAGAAUUCAUACUGGAGAGAAACCUUACCAAUGUAAAGAAUGUGGCAUGGCCUUUAACCAGCACUCAGUGCUUACUCGACAUCACAGAAUUCAUACUGGUGAGAAACCUUAUCAAUGUAAAGAAUGUGGCAAGGCCUUCAACCAGCACUCAAACCUUACUCAACAUCACAGAAUUCAUACUAGAGAGAAACCUUAUCAGUGUAAAGAAUGUGGGCAAGUCUUUAACCAUCACUCUAGCCUUACUCAACAUCACAGAAUUCACAGUGGAGAGAAACCUUAUCAAUGUAAAGAAUGUGGCCAGGCCUUUAACCAGCACUCAAACCUUACCCGACAUCACAGAAUUCAUACUGGAGAGAAACCUUAUCAGUGUAAAGAGUGUGGCAAGGCCUUUAACCAGCACUCAAAGCUUACCGAACAUCACAGAAUUCAUACUGGAGAGAAACCAUUCAUAUGUACGGAAUGUGGUCAGGCCUUUAACCGUCACUCACACCUUACUCGACAUCACAGGAUUCAUACUGGAGAGAAACCUUAUCAAUGUAAAGAAUGUGGCAAGGCCUUUAACCAGCACUCAAAGCUUACUGAACAUCACAGAAUUCAUACUGGAGAGAAACCUUACAUAUGCAAAGAAUGUGGCAAGGCCUUUAACCGACACUCACACCUGACUCGACAUCACAGAAUUCAUUUUGGACAGAAACCUUACAUAUGUAAGGAAUGUGGCCAUGCCUUUAUCCAGCACUCACACCUGAGUCAACAUCACAGAAUUCAUACUUGAGGGAAACCUUACCAAAGUAAAGAAUGUGGGAAGGCCUUUAAUCACUGAUCAUCCUUUACUCAUUAUCACAGAAUUCAUAGUGGAACAAACCUUACAAUUUUAAGUAAUGUGAGAAAACUUUAAAGACGACUCACCCCUUACUCCACAUCAUAGAAUUCAUAGUGGAGAGGAACCAUAAAAUUGUAGAGAAUGUGGAAAGGCUUUUAAGCCAUGCUAUUCCUGAUCAGAGAAAGUGUAUUGGGGAAGAUUUUGGAAUAUGAAGAAUUUUGCAAGCCCUUUAUUCAGAGGUCACAUUUCAUUUAACAUCACAGAAUUCAUACUGGGGAAGAACUUAUAAAUGUAAAGAACAUGGGAAGGCUUUUAGAACUGCUCAACCCUUUGCAGCGUCUCAGAGUUUGUACUGAGGAAAAACAUUACUAAGGUAAAGGGUAUCAUAAGCCUCUAGCUGGAACUCAUAACUUACUCAACAUCAUAGCUAUCAUACAGCAUAGAUAAAUGUAAAAUGUAGAGAAAGUUGCAGUGCCUUUAACUGGAAUUCAGUCUAUACGCAGUAUCCCAAAAUGCACACUGGAUUCAAACCCUAAAAACAUCAUGAUUGAGGAAAGACCUUCAUUUUAAAUUUUCACUGUAGCAAACACCAGAGAGUACAUACAGGUAAGUUACUUGAAAGAUGUAAAUAUUUAGAAAUGUAUGUAAGUAAACAUCAAGUGUCAAUAAAUAUCAUAGAAAUCAAGUAGAAAGCAGUACAUGAGUCAAUCUAUUCAGACAUUACAUCAAAAUACUUAUUAUAAGGACUAAUACAAAGUUAAACACUUAGAAAAUGUAUAUGCUAUUAUGCUUCAAAAGAACAAGUGGUUGGGUUUUUGCAUAGAUAUAAUGAAUUUUUCAACAUGUCCUUGUUUUUUAUUUUGUUGUUGUUGUUUUGGGUUUGUUUUUUUUAUUUUCGUUUUGUGGUUUUGGGGGUUUUUGGGGUUUGUUUUUGGGGUUUUUUGUUUUUGUUUUGGUUUGGGUUUUUUUUGUUGUUGUUGUUCAUUGACCUUAUCUGGGAUUUGUGACUAGCAAAUAUUAACAUAUUUGUACUCUCAAAUCACUUCAGAAAACUCAUUUAUUACUAGUGGGUUUGUGAAAGUAUGUCGCUGAUUGUUGUUGGAUCAAAGAUAUGAGAUGUCCAUCAUUAGGCAGGACUCCUGCAUAUCUAAUUGCCCACGGAUGAGGAAGGACAAUAUAAUAUAUAAAAUAUGAAGAAAAUCUAAAUGGAGAUGCUGUUUGUGGUUAUAACAUUAAUGUUAGUUAUGAUGGAAAAAGUGUCCAGAACAUCAUUAUUCUCCAUUUAUUAAAACUAAAGAAUUUCCUGGAUAUUAUAAAUAAAAUAUUUUACUCUGGUCUUUGAGAAAAAAGAGGUGCCAGUCCAGUGAAAUACGGUUGUAUCCUCAUAAUAACUGUAGUUAGAAGUAGAGGAUGUCAGGUAAUGUGCUUGAAAUGAAGAAAUCCUCAAAGAUACAAAAGGAGGAUAACUCUUUCUUAAAAUGGCAUAGGAUUAUGCAGACAAAAUUUUUAAGAGUGAUCCCAUGCCUGAAAACAAUGAAAAUCAGUACUCCCACAUCAUGAUAUCAGCACACAAAUGCUUUUUAAUGCUUGAUUCUGUAUUUCCAAAAAGGAUUAUAGAGUGGCUUUGAAAUGUAUACCUUAGUCUGUGUGUGAACGUAAUAUAUUUUAAUUAAUAAAACAUGAUGAAUUUUAACAUGUUAUCAUGGAUGAGUAAUGAGUGAAGUGUCAUCCCACCAUCAGUGUUAACCUAUCUCAUUUUAUAUAAGGUUGCAGGCAACUGAUGAAAUCUGUCAUUUAUUCGGUAAUCAUGUGGAAUAACAUACCUAGUAAUCCAUUUUUUCAGUGGCCUUGAAGUUUAAAUAAUGUCUGAUUAUUUCCCCCCUUGUUUAUCUGUUGUAUCAUUUUCUCCUCUUUUGGACUAGUGGGAUAUUAUAACAGACAUGUUGCAGAUUAUAUUUGGGUCUUAUUGACUGAUUGACUCAAGUACGCUAUGAUGCUGCUACUUGGCAUCCAUUUCAUGUCCCCAUCGGUUUUGCAGAGUACUUGAAUUGAUAGCAACCUCUCUCACUAGUGCAUUCCCUAAACAGUACCCUGCAGAGUCACCAGUUAAUGUAAACUCUGACAUGACAUUCCCAGUCCACCCUUGUGAGCACCCAUGACCCCUGUCUACCAUGACUUUCCCCUCGUGUGUUCUUGAAGAAGACUCUCACAGAGCUUCAUCCUAAACCUGCUCUAGUUUCAAUGGCCUAAUCUGGACAUAGCUCUGGGACUCACUAAAUCACUGUAUCCAUGGCCCUUAAUAAAGGUAUGUGCCACAGUUCAUAGGUGGGGGUGUUGUGUCCAUGUUUCUAUGAAGUAAAGAUACACUUAUAGCAGUGCUUGGUGUGUAAUAGGUACCCUAUAAGUAGGAGAAACAUAUUUCCAAUAGGAGUGAUACUGUAGCCCCAAGGAAGGGAUAGAAAAUGCAGAGGAUGAAGAAUUGGCAAGAAUUCUGCAUGUGGAGGAGGACACCUGUCCCAGGUUGCCCAGCUGACUCCCUGGAUUUAGAAGAACACCUUCUGCUCAUUUAUUUUCCAAGUGAUUUCCAGAUCGCCUCUUCUGUUUAUCCUCAUUUUUAUUUCCAGCUACGUAGGCAUCACAGACAUUCUUCUUUGCCUGUGUUGUGGCUGAAUUGAAAUGAGAAAGACAUAAAGUCAAUGGGUGUAAAUUUAGACAUUUAGCACUGGAUUGUGGGGUGUGGAGCUAAGUAAUACGUGAGAUUGGCACCAAACUUAGAAAAACAAGACCUAUUAAAAUGUGAAGAACUCUUUCUAAUGUGGGGAGGGAACCAGAGGUGACUCCUUUAGCCACUCCAAAGGCACAAGGAGCUCUUGGUGGCAUCAUCCAAUGAAUGUCAUCGAAUAAGUGAAAUGGACAUAAGGAAUUGGCAAAUGUGAAACCCUUUGAAUCUGGGUUUCUGAGGAUUAGGGAAGUUUUACCUUAUCUUCAUGAUUUAAUUCAAUUCCUUUGUGUUGGCGAGGACCAGAUGCUGUUGGACGACAAUGAUUACUGUGAUUGCUCAGGCCUAGAUCAGUGGCCUCGGUGGAGUAGGGGAAGUUGGAUGAUGCCAUCCUGUAGGGCAUAGCUUAAAAAUGGCACAUGGCCAAGUAGAUGUUGGAGAUGAAGAAGCCUUCUGGACAGUGUGGUAGAUGGGAUCAGCAAGACGUGUGCUGUGGUUGCACGACGCACUAGUAUCCCAGGUGUAUAACCCCAACAUAGUUUAGAUCCACUGUUGGUGGGUGAUGUUUUCAGGGAAGGUGACACACUUCUUUGUGGGACCUUCCUCCCUUUACUCGGUGCCAUGAUGAGUAUGGUCCCACGCUCUGGCUGUGUUUGCCAUGGAUUUGUCAGGGGAGCAAUUCCACACUCAGUGGCAGUGAACAUUCCUACUUCAAACAGUCUAGCCCAAGUGUUCUUUGAUUGAGAAAUGAAGAAAGAAGAUAUGAGAUAUAUGUAAUGAAAUAUUACUCAACCAUAAAAAGGAAUUCAGUCUUUCUCUUUGCAAUGACAUAGAGGGAGCUAGACUGUAUUAUGCUAAGUGAGUGAAAUCAGAGAAAGACAAAUGCCAUAGGAUUUCACUCAUGUGGAAUAUAGGAAACAAACAAGCAAAGGGGAAAAAAGAAGACCGGCAAAUCAUGAGAGACUCUUAACUAUAGAGAAGCAACUGAUGGAUACCAGUUACCAGUGUGGAGCUGGAUUGGGGGGUGAGUUAAACAAGUGAUGGGAAUGAAGACGUGCAUUUUUUUGUUGUUGCGCCCUGGGUGUUGUAUGUAAUUGUACAAUCACUAUUGUACACGUGGAACUAAUAUUACAUUGUAUGUUAACUAACUGGAAUUUGAAUAAAAUCUUUUUAAAAAUG